GCAGGGAAGGCCCAGGGUGGGGCCCUCAGCCAGAUGUGCCAUUGGGCCAAUUGGGAGAGCAGCUGGGUGGGCUGGUCCCGCCAGGGCCAUACAAGAAAGUGCAGGCAGCUCACACUGGUGACCCAGGCUUUCCCAGACUCUGAGACCUAACUGACCGUUGGGUUCAAGGCUACGAUGCGGGAAAUCGUGCACAUUCAGAUUGGCCAGUGUGGCAACCAGAUCGGAUCCAAGUUCUGGGAGGUCAUCGGGGAAGAACAUGGGAUUGACUGCGCUGGGGGCGACUGUGGGGCUUCUGCCCUUCAGCUGGAGAGGAUCAACGUUUACUACAAUGAGGCCUAUGGUAGGAAACAUGUGCCUCGAGCUGUCCUUGUGGACCUGGAACCUGGGACGAUGGACAGCAUCCGGUCCAGCAGACUAGGAAUGCUCUUCCAGCCUGACAGUUUUGUUCAUGGUAACUCUGGUGCCGGUAACAACUGGGCCAAGGGCCACUACACAGAGGGAGCAGAGCUGAUUGAGAAUGUCAUGGAUGUGGUGAGGAGGGAGAGCGAGAGCUGCGACUGCCUGCAGGGCUUCCAGAUAGUGCACUCUCUGGGUGGGGGCACUGGCUCGGGCAUGGGCACCUUGCUCAUGAACAAGAUCAGGGAGGAAUACCCAGAUCGGAUCCUGAACUCCUUUAGCGUCAUGCCAUCCCCCAAGGUGUCAGACACGGUGGUCGAGCCCUACAACGCUGUGCUGUCCAUCCACCAGCUGAUAGAGAACACCGAUGCCUGUUUCUGCAUCGACAAUGAGGCACUCUAUGACAUUUGCUUCCGUACCCUGAGGCUGACAACACCCACCUAUGGGGAUCUCAACCACUUAGUGUCCUUGACCAUGAGUGGGAUCACCACCUCACUGCGUUUUCCAGGCCAGCUCAAUGCAGACCUGCGCAAGCUGGCAGUGAACAUGGUACCUUUCCCCCGCCUUCACUUCUUCAUGCCUGGCUUCGCUCCACUCAUGGCACAAGGGAGCCAGCAGUACCGAGCCCUCUCAGUGGCUGAGCUUACCCAACAGAUGUUUGAUGCCCGUAACAUCAUGGCUGCCUGUGACCCUCGCCGUGGCCGCUACCUCACUGUGGCUUGCAUCUUCCGGGGUAAGAUGUCCACUAAGGAAGUGGAUCAACAGCUGCUGUCCAUUCAGACGAGGAACAGCAACUGCUUUGUGGAAUGGAUUCCCAACAAUGUCAAGGUGGCUGUGUGUGACAUCCCGCCCCGGGGGCUGAACAUGGCAGCUACCUUCCUGGGUAACAGUACAGCUAUCCAAGAGCUCUUCACCAGGGUCUCUGAGCACUUCUCAGCCAUGUUCAGAAGGAAAGCUUUUGUACACUGGUAUACCAGCGAAGGGAUGGACAUAAGUGAAUUCGGGGAAGCCGAGAGUGACAUCCAUGACCUGGUGUCUGAGUACCAACAGUUUCAAGAUGUCAAAGCAGGGGUGGAGGACAGUGAAGAGGGUGGAGAGGAGGAGGCAGAAAUGGAGGCAGAAGAUGAAGAACAUUAGCCAGGAGAUAUGCUGUAGGGUAGCCACUUUCAGAAGUUUCUCCUAAGAUGUGUUGACUGUCCUGAAGGCCUUGGGCAUCUGCCCUCUCCUAGGCCAAAGGGUGGGUGGGACUAUGGGUGUGUGUAAUGGUGAUUUGUCCACAGUUACUAGCCAGGGCUGGAUGGCCAAUGCAUUUUUCCUUCUUCCUUUUCAGAUAGUAAGUGAAUUUACUGUUGUGAGCCCCAUUUAU